AUUGCACAAUGAUCAAAACAGUCGGCUUCGGUUCUGCUAGUCGGAGUUGCGGUUGAGGAAUUUCCUAGAUUCGUAGUUCCACCGUAGCUUUGGUUGAUUGGGGUGGUUCGGUUCAGUGGACGGAUCCUUUGUGUCUUUGUGAUUCUCGGGCAACGGUUUUUGCUAUCAAGGAUAACCGGGUGGAGAACAAACAGACAUCGUGAGAAAAUAAAAAGGCAAGAAAGGUCGUGGAAAGAAAAGUGUUUUUUCAGAAGGAUCGGGAAGUUCACGGUCAACGGUGUGCCGUGAAAGUUGAACAAACUGAAAACAGGAACAAGUGUAUGCGUUGGAAAAAGGCGAACGGGGAAGAUAAGGCUUGCAAUAUGAAAUCAAUCAUCGCAUUUAUAGUGAUCGGAGUUAUACUGAGAAUGGACGCUGUCCAUGGAAAAUUACCCUCGGCCAUCCGAGUGUGUUCGCGCAACCAUCCCGAGUUAAAUAAAUGCAUCACGGAAUCGGUGAUCGCACUCAAGCCGCUUCUGGCGUCGGGGAAAUUUUCCGAUGAUUUUUCGAUUCCACCGCUGGAACCGUUGGCGCUGGCCAACAUCAACAUGGAUCAGGGACAGGAGUUCAAGGCCACAUUUAGCAGUUUGCUUGUGAAUGGACCGAGUCAGUUCCAGAUCGAUCAUUUGAAAACCAACAUCGAAAAGCUGACAUUCGACUUCAACGUCUACCUGCCGAAGUUGUCCUUCCGUGGAAAGUACGACCUCAAGAUGCGGCUGCUGCUGCUGAACAUUGCUGGCAGCGGAGACCUGAAGGGUGUGAUCGAGAACUCACGCGCACGUGUCAAGCUGUACAACGAGAAAUACGACAAGGACGGUCAGCAGUACAUGCGCGUCAAGCGCCUGCUCGUUAAGAUCCAGAUCGAGAAGGGUCAGUUCGAUCUGAAGGACCUCUUCAACGGUGACCCGGUGCUGAGUCAGGUUGGCAAUCAGUUCAUCAACGACAACUCGCGGCUCUUUCUGGAUGAGCUGACACCCGGUUUGGAGCGGAGUCUGUCGGAGACGUUCAAAAACACGGCAAACGAAAUCCUACAGACGGCAACCAUGAACGACAUAUUCCCGGAGUGAAACGAAAUAAACAAAAACCCUAAUCCAACAAACAGCCCCAUCUUUGCGGGGUUGCGGCAAUCGAAACACCAAAAAAGUGCUCUCAAGCCUCCUACCAACUAAUUACAUACAUACUACUGUUCAGUAUGAGCGACUUUAGUUUUAGCGGCGCACGGUUUUCCGAUGAGUGCUGCGAUCGACUUAAUACCGGGUGCAGUUCAGUGAUCUUUUUGAUUUCAGGGGCACAGGUUUUACAUCGUGCACCGGGACGCAGCUGUCUGUGAUUGAUUUGUUUGUGUGUGUAAAUAUUUUAUGAUUGUAACGAAAUGUAGUUUUUAAGCGUGAGAAGGUAAACAUUUUUGGUAACCAAACUUGAUGAAUAAGGGAAACACGGUUGUUCUUACCCAAACAAAAGCUUCGAUGCCAAAAAAAAACAAAUAUAUAUAUGAAGAUGAAAUCCCACAGAACGGCUUUCGUCAUUCGCAA